UUGGAAUGGCAUACCAUUUGACCUUUCGAAGGUUCUCCAGCAGUAUUUAACUGGCGCAAAAGGAGCACACUCGCAAUCGUCUACUUUUGACAUGACAGACCCUCCUGUUAGGUCACACAAUGUUCAAAAGGCAGAAGUCCCUCGCUUCAGAACGCAAGAGAGGAUUAUUUUCCCAAAGAGCUACACGGUUCAUACUGAGGGAUGAUAUGAGAAAUUUUCACUUUUUGUCAAAACUUGUACUCUCAGCGGGCCCUCUAAAACCAACGCCAGCAGUCAAACAUUCAAAAACAACUCACUUUGAGAUUGAAAUACUUGAUGCUCAAACAAGGAAACAGAUAUGUAUUCUGGAUAAGGUGACACAAUCAUCUACUAUUCAUGAUGUUAAGCAAAAGUUUCACAAAGCAUGUCCAAAGUGGUACCCUUCUCGAGUUGGUCUGCAGCUAGAAUGUGGUGGGCCUUUUUUGAAGGACUACAUUACCAUUCAAAGUAUUGCAGCUUCCUCCAUUGUCACGCUGUAUGCUACAGAUCUAGGUCAACAAGUCAGCUGGACCACAGUAUUUUUGGCUGAAUACACAGGACCUCUGCUAAUAUACCUCCUCUUUUAUUUGAGGAUCCCAUGUAUAUAUGAUGGAAAAGAGAGUGCUAGAAGAUUACGCCACCCAGUGGUACAAAAUUGUGAAUGCAACUGUUAUCAACUAUCAAAUAACUACCAAAACAUGAGAAAAAAUGUAAAAUAUGGACAUGGAAAAAGUUGUGCCUUUUACUGGGGAUUUACUUCUUGGAUUGCCUACUACAUUAAUCAUCCACUGUAUACACCACCAUCAUUUGGAAACAGGCAAAUCACAGUAUCUGCUAUCAAUUUUCUGAUUUGUGAAGCUGGGAAUCAUUUCAUUAAUGUAAUGUUGUCUCAUCCCAAUCACACAGGAAACAAUGCCUGUUUCCCAAGUCCAAAUUAUAACCCCUUCACAUGGAUGUUUUUCCUGGUUUCAUGUCCUAACUACACCUAUGAGAUUGGAUCAUGGAUUAGUUUCACAGUCAUGACACAAACACUGCCAGUUGGAAUUUUUACACUUCUGAUGAGUAUCCAGAUGUCUUUGUGGGCACAAAAGAAACAUAAGAUUUAUCUGAGAAAAUUCAGUUCAUAUAUUCAUAGAAAAUCAGCAAUGAUUCCACUCAUAUUGUAAAAAAAAAAAAAAAAAAAAAACUCCUAUAGAAAAUGGCAACAUAUAAAUUCAAUAAAUAAGACUUAAUUAAGGAUAGUUAACUAUUAUACUCCAACAAUUCAUGAGCAACAGUAUAUACACUGAGUAAAAAUACAGUAAAAUUUCACUAAAUUUAGAGUAAUGCACAUGGUAAUAAAAAGUAUAAAUUAUAAAUGCAAUUAACUAAGAACAGCUCUGAAUGUAUUUGCAUGGGAUUGGUCCUUGAAUAAAAUUGUCUUACUUCAUUAAUACUUCACAAUACUAUUUGCAUAAGGCAAAAUAUCACAACAAAGAAACAACCUGAUUAAAAAAUGAAAAAGUGAUCUGAACAGACAUUUCCCAGAAGAAGACAUAUACAUGGCAAAUAAGUAUAUGUUUAAAACACUCAACAUUAACUAUUCAUAACGGAAAUGUAAAUCAAAACCACAAUGAGAUAUCAUCUCAUCCUAAUUAGGGUGACUAUUAUCAAAAAGAUAAAAAAAAAUGACAGCCGUUGUGGCUCAUGUCUGUAAUCC